GUGCUUGGCUGCCGUCCGCCAGUGGACGCCGUGCCGCCGCCGCUCGCAGGCCGCCUCGCCACGCCUGCCGACUAGGGGCACACUGACCUGUGACCCGCAUGACCUGUGUCGUUGUGGGGUGACUUGUUUUUUGCUUAUGUGCCAGGAGUGACGCAGCGAGUUUUUCGUUCAUUUUCGUACGUGUGUCACGACGGACGCCCGACGGUCAUAAAAAGGAGAGUUGUCAAAGAGGCUGUUGGUGGGUAUUACUCGAGGUAGAAAAUAAUCAUGGUGGACAGGGCCAAAGAAUGGUUCGGCACAGUGACGGCCCACCUGCCGGAGUGGUGCGCCGAGUGGAUCCCAGACACCGAGCAGUGGCACCAGUGGCACCCGAACGACCUGUGGCAGUGGGCGCGCACGAGGGCUGACCAGUGGAACGCGAACGACACGUGGCAAUGGGCACGCGGGAGGGCUUACGAGUGGCAACAGUCCGAGGUGUGGCAGCAGGCGAGGGUGCGGGCUGGCCAGGGUGCGGUUGACCUGUGGCAGUGGGCGCGCACGAGGAAGUGGCGUUUGCCGCGACGGGGUCCCGAGGAACGGCUGGUGCCGGAAUGGGUGUUCCCGUCGUUCUGGCGGCGACGUGUGAGGGAAACAGUCAUGUGGGUCUGGCUCAUCUUCAUCACCUUCCUGGCGUCACGCGAGGAUCAGCGAAUACAGACGGUGGAGGGACCUAAGCAGGAGAUCAAAGCACGAACUGACGAUCCCCGCCAGACCGUCCCUUCCGUGGCUGAGGAAGCAGAGGAGGAGGAGGAGGAGGACGAGGAGGCUGGGGGCUGGCGUGGGUGCCUGGAGAGGCCAGGUGGGUUGACGCGUUACCCAGGCAUUGAGAACUUGUUGGCACAACCCCCAACCGCCACCCCGCUGCCGCCCCGCCACCACCCCUCGCCGCCCUUGGCCUCAGCGCAAGUCGGCAUCAAACAAAUCCCUCGUAAGCCUGACGAUGCCGAUGCUCUCCCGAGGACGGAGGAACGAGAAAAAGGAAGAGAGAAGGAAGAAGCCGACGGAGAGAAAGGCCACAAGGACGAAGUAUGGAAGACUUUGCUGGCGAAGUACGUCCCUGAAGAGUGUGACAGGGAGAUCGACAAAGCGGCUGAAGAGGACGAGGAGGAGGAGGCGCCGGAGUACGUCGGCACCGCCGAGGAGAUCGUGGAGCGCUACGCCGCCAAGUUCGAGGAGCCGGAGGCGGUGUCGCCAGAGGAAGAGUUCUCUGCCAAGGUGGGUCGUCGGCUUGAGGAGUACCUUCAGCGUUUAGACGAGGAGGACGAGGACUCGAGUCAAGUCAAAGAAGUUGAAGACCAAAUCAAACCAGUUCACGAGCCGGAGAAGGUCGUCGAAGAGGGCAAAGGCAUAGAAGAGAGCGAGGAGGCGAGGGAUAUCGAAGACGGUGGUGAGCUGCUGGAGGGGAUCGCGUCCACCGGCAACGAGAACCGGAUUUUUAUUUUGAUCGAGGACGAGGAAAGUGAGGACGACCGACGCAUCCGGAACGAUGCUUCCGAAGCCUCUGAGUUAGAACGCGCUGCUGUGACCUUGGACUCCGAGCCAAAAGAAGCCGAUGAAGCAGAGAAUGCAGAGACAAUGGAAGUCCCCGCCACCCAACAGAAUGGCUUUGCUAACGAAGAACUGGAAGAUAAAGACUUGAUGGAACCCACUCUUGAAGUCUCGGAGAAGUUAGACCUUGAAGCGACUUGCGUUCAGGCAGCCGACGUCGUGCUUCCUGAGGCAUCCCAGGAGACCGUCGAGGCAGUGACGGCCCAACACGUGGACGUACAACCAGAUGUGACGGAGGAACAGCCAAGCGACGCUGCGAAAGAGGAGAGAGUCGAGGAAAUAAAGAAAGAAGACGCAGAAGUAGUGGUUGAAAAAACAUUAGAGAUGACGGAAGAAGUAGUUACUGACCGUGAAGAGGAAAGCAUCCAACCACCUUGUGAAGAAAUGAAAGUAGAGGAAGAGACUUCGGAGCAACCUGACGUGACCCACGAGGAACAACAAUUUGAGGAGAAGGUUGUGAAGGAAGAAGAGCUCCCAGUUGAAGAGACUCCAGUUCAGCCGGUCAUUAAAGAGGCCGAAGAAGAGGAGAAGCCAUGUGUUAUAAUGGAAGAACCGACGCCGGCAGUAGUGGAGCCGAGCCUCAUUGAGCUCGAAGAACGCAAUGAAGACGUCGUGAUGAAGGAACAAGAGUCGACUGAGGCACAAACACCGGCACCAUUACCUACAGAGGCACCGGAGGAAACGACAGUGGAAAAAAAUAUAGUAGAGAAGGGAGAAGAGUCGUCGUCAAGGGAAAACGAAAAAGAGGCAUUGGAAGUCAAGGUGAUGACGGAGGCGAGCGUGGAAGAAGACGAAGAAGAAGCAAAGAGUGAAUCUGAGUACAAGGUCGUGGAGGAAAGUGAAGAGGCUGUAGGGACUGAAGUCAGCGUAGGGCCAACAGAGGAGGCGAAUGAGGUGGUCGAGGAAGAAGAGAAGAAAGAGGAGGCAGAUACUGAUGUAUCUGAAGGGAACAUGAAGGGCGAGGAGACUGAGGAGGAAGGGUCAUUGGGUGAAGCAGUGGCUGCCGCGGAGCCUCCCGACACCGUGGAGGUAAUACAAGUGGACGAGGACUCUCACUUUGAGGGCGUAAAGGCCUCGGAGAAUAAGGACGAGGCCAUGGUAGAGGAGGAGCACAUGGAGGCCGAGGAGGUGCCUGUGGUGGACGCCGGUGGGUGGACAGAGGACAUUUGGGGGUCGCUGGGCCAGGCCUCUGAGGCGGUACCCUUGUCUGUCCCCGCCGCUGUUGACAUGAUGGAGGAGGACGUGGAAGAUGCUAUGGAAGUGGACGUGGUGGAGGAUGCCGCAGAGACGAUGGAAGAGGACUUGGAGGUGUUUGUGGAUGAAGUAGACCUGCAGGAGCUGCCGGAGAGUCCCGUGCCGCUGCCCACAGUGCCCGAAGAGGACGACGCCCUCACCGAGGUUCAGGACCUGCUGGUGCGGCCGCCGCCACGCAGAAAGCGUCAGGCUCAUCGUCUCAACGAGGACUUCGAGGCCACCAGGACUAGCGAGGCGGCGGCGGGUGACCCCGCUUUGGCUAAAUACAUGAAAAUGCCCGCGGCCCUCACGACGGAUGAGGAAGAGGAGCUGCAACGAUACCUGGUCGAGAGUGAAGACGGAAAGGACCUCGCUGUGGACAAGUUCAUGCCCAUGCCAGUGGGACUGACGGAGCAGGAGCAGAAGGAAUUGGAGGAGGCUGUGCGUGAACAGGAGCGCGUGCGGCAGGCGGAGAGCGCAGGCCUGGAACGGUUUCUGGACAUGCCCGCCGGCCUGACGGAGCAGGAGAUCCGUGAGCUACAGGACUUAGAGCGGGAGAAAGAGGAGGCGGCGCAGCAGCCUUGGGAGCGGGAAGACGUGGGCCUUGAGGACUACCUGUCCAUGCCGCACACCCUGACGGAGGAGGAGGAACGGAUGCUGCAGGAGGGUGGCGACGAGGAGGAGGAGCAUCAGUUUGCUAGUGAGGAGGAGUACCGCGAGUACGUCAAGAACAAGUUCCUCAGUCAGCUGGAGGAGGACGCACUGCGCGUGGCCGAAGAGGGGUACGACUACGACGAGGACUACGACGACGAGUACGAGUAUGAGGAUGAGGAUGAGGAUGAAGAGGAAGAAGAGGAGGAAGAAGAGGACGAGGACGAAGGGGAGAUGGAAGGCGAAUAUGUUAUGGUAUCUGACCUGUCAGCUGCCGCCUCAUCCCUGCCUCAGACUGCCACCGCCGCCGCCACAGCCAGCACCAGCACCACCGCCGCCAAGAUGGUUGACGAAGGGGUGAACACGGAGCCAGACAUUCCUGAAGAAGACACGAAAUCCAAGAAGAAGCUUUUCCCCUUCCCGAAGAAAAGCGACAGAGAAACUACCCCCGAAGACUCUUCCGCCGAAGCCACCAACAAGAAGUUUUUUCACUUCGGCGGCCUUGGAACCAAAAGGAAAAAGGAAACCCCUGAAUCCCUGGACAAAAAACACAUGAAUGACCCCAAUCGCCGGAAGUUUGACGGAGGCGGCGGCCUUGGCGGGUCCUUGAACGCCUCCUUCUGUACGGCGGAAGGUUACGUGAUGACGCAGGCGAUGCUGCAGAGGGCCAGGGAGCAGAUGAGGGAAAGGAAGAUACAGGAAAGGAGCCGCUGGAGGAAGGACGGUGAGACUGAAGCGUUGGGUCCCGGUGGCUCAAAAAUGAAGGAUCCAGCUACCAAGGACCUUAGGCGCUGGACUUUGAAGCCGGAGGCUCGCCACGGAGGGAAGGGAGACUCGGAGAAGACUGCCAUGAAGGCCAUUCGUAUGCAGCAGGAUGUAAAAGAAGUAGAGGGAGGAGGAAGUACAGAAUUCAUGGACCCAAAGAGUGAGCUUGAACACCUUUUCGCCAAAAUCAUCAAAUCUUACAAGCCACCCACUGACGACAGCUCUGAAGACGAGGAGAAAGCAAACACACACAAAAAUCAGAUCGGUGACGAGAAAAUAGAGUCGAAACGAACAGAAAACGCCGACAUGGAUAUGCAAGAGGAAGUGGAGGAUGAGGAGGAAAAGGAAAAGGAGGAAAAAGAAGCCACCUCAGUAUCCUCCAAAGACACUGCCGAGAAAGACUUCCCAAUCUCCCCUGUCCUUGAAAUCAUCGUGGAGGAGGACGAGGAGGACCCUGAAAUAGUCACCGUGUUUGAGAGGGAGAAAAUGAAGAGCGGCGAGGACGAGGAUGACUUCUGGCUGAGGUGGAGCAACGAGGAGAGGGCGUGUGUCUCCGCCUCGAGGGAUCGCGCCUCACCCUGGGAACUGGCCGAGGACGACGAAGUGGCCGAAGAGGAGAGAGAAAGGACACGACUCGAAGAAGAGAAAGAAAAGAACGAGGGAAAGAAUGAAGUGGGUAAAGAUUUAAGAAAUGAGGAGACAACAAACCCAGAAGAAAAAGAGGAGAACAAGGAAAUGAGUGAGGAAACGAAACAAUCACAUGCCGUAGAGGAACAAGAGAAGAACGAGAGGAGUGAUGGCAGAGAAGAUGAAAUAAGCGGAAAGACAAUAUAUUUAAGAGAAGAGAAACUAAAGGAUGAGGGAAACAGUAAACAAGUGGAAUGUUUUGAAGAUGAGAAGAAAGAUGCUAUACAAGAAAGGGACUCCGAAGGGAUUGACGAAAGGAAGGAUGCAGAGAGAGAGGAGGACUUAGGAAGGAAUGAGGAAGUACAGCGGUUGGGAGGAAAGAUAAAGGAGGAGGAGGAGGAGGAGGUGGAGGGCAAAGGCAUCCAGACAGAAGGGAAAGUGACAUGUGGGGAAGAUGACAAGAACAGAAAAAAGACGGAGGAGAAGAAGAAGGAGAAGAGCGAGACAGAAGGGAAAGUGACGUGCGGAAAGCAUAUGAUUAAUGAGGAAGAUGAAAGGAAGAGGAGGAAGAAGGAACAGGUAGAAGAGGGGAAGGAGGAGGAGGAGGAACGGAAUGAGGAAACGAUGAACGGAGAACAGAAAAGGCAAAUAAAAGAGGAAAAUAAACCGAAAGACAAAAGCCACAAGGAAGUGUUGGAGCGGAAAGAGAAGAGUGAAAGGAUAGACAAACAGAAAAUGAAGAUGAAAGAAGAGCGAAAUUUAACGCCAUCGCGGAAAACAGAGAAAGAACCAACAAAAGGAGAAUGCAACGAAGAGAAGGGGUCCGCCAUGGCCGACGUAGGGACAACGGACGCCGCCGUAAGUAAUGUCCAGGUGGACGCCGACUCACUCGAGUUUACUGUCAACACUAACCUGACGGCCGCCAGUGCCUCCCCCAAGGACGCCUCCCCCUCCCUUCAGGAACUAAUCGAGGCAGAACUUAACGUUCGCCUGUGUCAACCAGACUCCCUGGAGCCCCCCGCCUCCCCCGAUCCUUCCUCCCUCCUCAGCUGUGACUCCAUCGAGGCCACCCUUAUCCCCGCCCCCGCCCCCCCCGCCACCACCACGGGUCUCAGCCUCGACUCUCUGUUGGAGCUAGACUCCCUGCACGACCUCAACGAUCCCCUGGCCAAGGCCGACACCGAGAGUGGCAUCGACGUGCUCUCCCCCACAAAGCUGGACGACCUCAGCAACCUGGACAUGGAUUCCCUUGAGUCGUCCUCAGACCUACCUGCGUCGUCCCACUGCUCUCCGGAGCCCACCACGACCACACUCACCCAGGAAAGUUCACCCACCGCACAGAACAACAUCAAAGACGACCACUUCCUAAUAAAAGACGCCGGGAAGAUGUCCUCGUCCCUGGAGGUCGAGGGUCUGCUCCUGGCUACAAGGGACGACAUCGAGGCCGCCGCCCAGCCGCUGCUCAGAAUAUCUGAAUCCAGCCUGACCAUCGCCUCGGAGACACGUUCUGAGCUGUCCCACCUGUCCCAGGAGGUAACCAGGAGCUCUACCCCAGACUCCCUCACUUCCCUCGAGGCGGGAGCUGCUUCCCAGGACACUGCCACUGCCCAAGACACUGCCUCACUGCUGGACACUGUUGCUUUCCAGGACACAACCACUCUCUUGGACAUUGAUCCACCCCAGGACAGUAUUCAGGACAGUGCCUUACUGGAAAGCAUCCUCCUGCAGAACAGUAUUCCCCUGCAGGCCACGGAAGGUAGUGCCACUUUAAUAAAUAGUCCGCUCGUUCCUGUCAGUUUCCAGGGCGAGUCACAGGGAACUCCCCAACAGAGUCAAGAAAGUGCCGCCACACAGGGCAAUAUGUCAUUGCUGGACAUUGAAACACCCCUUGGAGACAGUGGUACACUGAUAGACAUGACCCCACAAGAUAGUAGCACUCUGCUUGACACUCCCCCGCAGGAACACACUAACGGGGAGGCGGAGAGUGGCGUGGCGGCGGCAGGCAACUUGAUCACUUCAAACACAGACCAUCUAUCAAGUCUGAGGCCGAACGAAGUCACAGCUGACUCCUCCCCAUCAACCCUCCCUGAUGACCCGGCCUCCCCAUCCCCAACCACUAGUUCCUCCCCCCAGGGUCAGGACGACCCCCUCCUGGACCCUUCACCCCAAGGCGCCCUCCCUCCCAGUGGUACUAACAGCGUGUGUGAUGGUGUCCCUCCUAAUGCUGCCCGUGAUGACUGUGGUGGUGUCGGUGUUGUUGAUGUUGUGGGUAGUGGUGGUGUUGAUGCAGUCUCUACCACCACGACGGCCUGCAGUAGAGGUGUUGGUGAUGGUGUUAGUGGUCCCGUCAAGUCCCCCCUCCAAAAUGGUGCUAACAUGGAGCCUCAAAUGGAUGAAGACGAGGAUAACUUUUGGGGCAGCAAGAACGACGACGAUGACUUUGUACCUCGUCGUCGCCCUGACCCCGUGUACGACUACCAGGAAGAGAACGACACCGAAGUCAAGGAGGAGGAGAAAGAGGAAGAGGAGACCCAGGAGAUGAUGAACGAGGAGGAGGAGGAGGAGGAGGAGGGUCACUUUCUUGGUUCAGACGGCGAUGAUGCCAUUAACUCUUCGAAGGGCGCUAAGGGACUGAGGUUCAAGAAGAGGACGACUACGACCACUACCACCACCACGACUCGGACGGAGAACGGCGUUGGGAAGGUCGAGAAGAAGGAGAAGAAGGAGGUCGUUGAGGAGACCGAUAAAGCAAAGACCAAGAAGAUCGAGGAAUCCGUCGAGAAGAAAAAGAUCGACGUGAAGGAAGAAGCUGCCAAGAAGAUCGAAAAGAAGGAAGAAGUAGAGAAGAAGAAGAAGAAGGAGGCGGUGGAAGAGGAGGAGAAGGAAAACGGUGUAACGGAGGAGAUCACGGAGAAGAAGAAGAAGAAGAAGCACAGGGACACCGAGGACGGAGAGAGGAGAAAGAAGAAAAAGAAGAAGAGGGAUUCGGAGAAGGAGAACAAGGAGGCCAGCGCAAGCAGCUCCGCGAAUGAACUGGACACUGACGACGAGAAAGAGGCCCCGCCUGCCCCCACACCUCCCUUGUUCAACGGGCACGCUGUGGUGACCCAGGACUUCCUAGCCAACAACGGGCAUCUCAUCCCUGAGAACGAAGACACACUCAGCGACUCCCAGCCCCUCAUCAGCCCCGAGCCCAACAAGAGAGAGACCUUCCAUAGUCUUCUACACGCCUACCAAGAGAGCUCGCAGUCCCCUGCCAAAGAGUCUGUCACCAGCCACGCCUCCGCGCUCAGCGACGAGGAGGAGCUGGCCGGCGUCAACGUGAAGCAGCUGCGAGUGUGCUACCUGAGCGCGGCGCAGGACGUCACCAAGCCCGCCUCGACCACACACAAGGCCGAGAUCAAGCCAGACAUCAAGGCAGAGCUGAACGCCAGUGUCAAAAUCAGUAGUCUGGUGGACACGUACUCGACCCCUCAUCGCCCCACCACCCCCUCCAGCCGCCCCGACGACCUUACGCCCGUAUCUCUUCAGUCACUGAAAUCCGCUUAUGAGGCGACGGCGACGGGAGCCAACGGUGCGGGCAGCAGGCCUGGCAGCGGCAGCGGCAGUAGUCCAGUUAGUGGCGGCGUUACACCCAAGGAGGAAGUGAACGUGUCCCUCCAGCAGCUGCGUGAGGAGUACUGCCGCUCUGUGCAGGACGGCCAGAUCCAGAGCCACACCCCCUCCCGCCAGACCCUCAGCACGGGCGUCUCCAUCAGGCAGCUGACUCGGAGCAUGAACGACUUGCGCGGUGUUGGUCGCGAGUCACAGUGUUCUGUGAUCGAGUGUGACCGUCCUGCGCUGGCCUCCGUCAACGUGAAGGCCUUGACUCGCAGCUUCUCUGACCUGACGCGACUUGGUGAGCCCGCCUCGGCCACGACCCCAACCACACCCCGACACCUCUCCCCAACACGCUCCGUCUCCGUCAAGAAGCUGCGGGCGAGUUAUGGUGACCUGAGCACCCUGACCAGCAGGGAGUCGGGCGGCCUCUGGGACUUCUCCGGCUCGCCCUCCCUCCCUCACUCCCACGCCAUGAGCCGAAACACCUUCCAUAAACCCUCUGAGUCCCGAAUCCCCAAACCUUCCACGCAGAAAGCUCCCGUCACCUCCCGAUCAUCUGCUAAGCCUAGUCAGACCGCACCCAAACCUAGCCAGACCGCACCCAAACCUAGCCAGACCCCACUCAAACCUAGCCAGACAGCACCCAAACCUUCGGCUAAACCAUCACCUAAGCCCUCCCAAGCCCAUUCUAAGGCUUUUUCAACCCUCAAGCCUUCCCUUGUUCCACCCGGUACCCUUUCAAAGCCCACUACAGCGACUUCCCGCGCCGCUAAACAAGUCCAAACCCGCAAAGACAUGCCCAGCAAACAGACAGACCCCAAGAAGCCAAAGUCAUGCUCUGGCCAACCCUCUCAAAGAGCCUCUGAGAUGAAUGACAAAAAAAUAGACAAAAAUUCAGCUCGUAAAGUCGCCGCCAAGCAAGCCAAGGCUGAAGACGAUCCUGAAGCCGCGCUCGAGACACAGAGUGAUAACGUAGACGAAGAAAGUUACCUAAUAUGGAAACAUGAGAAGUCCUCGCCUCUUCUUCCCGCCCCUGUACCGCCCCCCAGUGCCCAGAACCAGAGGGGCGCCUCCCCUCCCACCAUGGUCGACCUCGGGGGGCGCCGCUCCAAGCCCCCCCCAGCUAACAACAACAACAACAACAGCAUCAAUAACACCACCACCAACAAUAACAAUGUCGCCGCGCCGCCACCCCCCAGGAGCAGCGUCUACACGGGCAUCUCCGUCAAACACCUGCGGCGGAGCUAUUGUGACCAGACGCGGUUGUGCGAGUCCCCCGAUGAGGCGGGCGGCAAGGGCGGCAGUGCAGGCGGCCGUAAGCCCUACAUCACCAAGGCCAACGUGGCAAAAAUUGAGGGCCAGCUGGAUCCCUUCCCUCUCUACUCACUCCUCGACAUGCAUGACAACCAGGUAUCUCAGGUGUCGAGCGAGUGCCGGCAGUGUGGCAAGCAGGUGUUCCAGAUGGAGAAGAUCGUAGCGGAGAAGGCGGCGUGGCACAAGAACUGCUUCAGAUGCAAGGAGUGUAACUGCAUUCUUACCCUCGAGACGUACCAGAGCCACGAGGGUGUGUUGUACUGCAAGCCACACUUCAAGGAGCUCUUCAGACCCAAGGUGGUGGUGGAGGACCCCGACGAGGCCCGCAAGGAACGAUUGCUUCGAAGACCCAAACUCAUCGUGUUGGAGAGUCAGCCCGAGUCGCUGCCCGAAGAUGUCGUCAGAUCCACCAACAAACCCGACUAUGGCCUUGACGACCUGUCCACUGCCAACCUAAAACAGAAGUUCAAGAUGUUCGAGCAGAUCGCCACAGAGGAGGAACGAACCCCUGAACCCAUAUCCGUUCGCCGCUCACAUUCACUUCUCAGCAAGGCUGCAAGGUUCAUGCAGGGUGAUGAUGAGUAUGGUAUUGAAAACUCUGAGCUCGGUGAAUAUGAGGAUGAUGAUGAGGAAGAGGAGGAGGAGGAUGAAGAUGAGGAAGGGGAGGAAGGCGAAGAAGGUGAUGGAGAAAAGAUUAAGAAGAAAGAUCGGCCGACGAGUUUCAGUGGCAUGAAGGACCUCAAGGCUGGAUUUGCACGAAAAAAUCGCCAAGACGAGCUCACCAAGAAGAGACGACAGGAGCUGGCCAAGUUCAGACAGAUGUUGUGUGCCGGAAAGAACAUAUCAACACGAGAAAUCUUUGAGGGUGGAAAUGAAGAUGAGCUAGGAAAGUUACAGCGAAAGGAACAAAUCAAGAUUGAGGGUCGCCCAGAUGCUAAAAACCUGAGGGAGCGCUUUGAGAAGGGUUUGUCCCUCACAGAGAAUGAGGAGGAGGAAAACCUAGACAAGAAGGAAGUGGAUCGCGUUUUCAAAGAAGCAGAGACCGCUAGCAAGGCACGUAAUCUCUUCAAAGAAAUUGACAAGACUGUCACUGAGGGAGGAGAGGUAGUCAUGCGUCCUCAGGGAUCAGCUCAGGCCCGGCGGGAAAACAGGUUAUCCAGAGACGGCAAACGCAUUCGAAAUUUCACUUCACAAGUGUUUGAAGAUGACUCUGAGGAAGAAGAGGAAGAUGAAAAAUCUUCCCUUGCUGACCACUUUAAAUUCUUUGCCACAUAUGAAGAACGUGCCAAAGAUGAUGGAAGCAAAAGGAAGAAAAAGCUAUUCCGCUUCACUCCGCCCCGAGAUGGAGAGGAUCAGGUUGAUGAAGACCUAGUUAAGACGCAUUUGCCCAAACGUUGCAUGGCAUUUAAUUGUGCGGUGUGCCGGCUUCGGGGCAUUGAGGUGGAGGAGAUGGAACUUGGCAGAGACCCGAACCUUGUAAAAUGCACAGACAAUUAUGAAGAUGCAGUAGACUGCCGAGGCACACGCAAACUUCUGGCCAAGUUUAGGAAGAUGGAGAUGCAAGCCGAGGAUAUGGAAGGAACCACUGGUCCUCGUGGACCCAAGCAGUUCACUCCACCCCCUGAGGGGGAGGAGUAUGACUCUGAUGAAGAAUAUUCUGAUGAAGAGUAUUCUGAUGACGAUGAGGAAGACAGUGAGGAGGACAGUGAAGAGGACAGUGAGGGAGAGAAAAAGCCAAAAUACAAAGAUGAAGUCCUGGAGAUGGUUAAAUCCUCACAGAGUGCCAAAAAGGCAGCUUCCCUGCGUGCCAAAUUUGAGAAGUGGGAGAGUGAGGUGGAGCGCAAUAAUGAAUACAACCAGAGCAUCGACCGGUAUGAGGACGAAGAGGAGUGUAUGCCUUCCAUUGACACCGCCCGGAACCUCCGUGCCAUGUUUGAGAACAAGGCCCAGGAGGUAACCCGGCCGGCAACGGAACGUCCCAAGGUCAAGGUCAACAGAUUUGUGGGUGGUGGGGGUGACAAGUGCAUGCUGUGUGCCCACACCGUUUAUGCUAUGGAGCGGCUGGAGGUGGCAGGACGUGUGCUUCAUAAAACCUGCUUCAAGUGUUGCAAGUGUAGUACAAAGCUGAGUAUGAACACAUUCUCCAUAGGUGGUGAUGACAUGUACUGCACAACACACUACAAGCAAGCGUUCACUGAGAAGGGCACCUACGAUGUCUUUACCCCAAACAAAGGCAAGUGGACACGCAAAAUUGAAGCAAUCAACUCUGAGUCUCCAAAGAGUCAAGAGUAAUUUGUUAUUCAUGGGAACAAUUAAGUUUUCAAAUAACUGAUGGACACCUUGUUGUAGCUGUGGCUGAAGUGAACAAUGUUGUUUAGAUGGAAGGAUUGGCUAGGUUUACAGGUCAGGUUGCAUUAAAUUCAAUUUAGUUUUACAUUGUUCUUUCCUAUAUUAUUAAUACAAGACUCCCAGAUAAUCUAAACAUUACAUGUCAUCAGUUUAACCUGAGGUAAUUAAAAAAAAAAUUAUGGUUGCCAGACUACUGCCUGUGUCUGAGCUCCCUUAAAGCUAAUCUGAAGUCAUUGAGUUUAAUUUGAUAUUUCAGAGAUUUAUUUUAGUAAUAAUAAUAAUAAUAAUAGUAUUUUAUAUAUAUAUAUAUAUAUAUAUAUAUAUAUAUAUAUAUAUAUAUAUAUAUAUAUAUAUAUAUAUAUAUAUAUAUAUAUAUAUAUAUAUAUGUAUUAAAAAUUUUAAUAAUAGAAAUUGAAGUAAAAUGAACUGUUGAAUUAUGCAUCAUCUUUGAAUAACAUUUCCCAAUCCCUUUUGCUUAAUUUUAGUUGAUAAGCUCCAGUUCCAGCUAUUUGUGUAAAUUUAGAAUAACCUGUUAUGGCUGCCAGCCUUUAAGAUACAUUCUUAAGUCUUACCCCAUCUCCUAUGACACUGGUACUUGCAUGUCCCUCAUUGGAGUGACCAUGACAGAAACCAGUAUUUUUUGUACAUACAUUCUAUUCUCACACAUGCCAAUUACCUCAUCCCUCACUUUUAUCCUUUUCCCUCAGAUAUUGAAAUAUUCAGUUUAACAACAGCUUAUUCCUGUUCAUAAAAUAACAUUAGUGUACUUCAUGCCCAGCUCAGGGAGACAGCCUGUUUGCCUAGUUGUGGUGAGCCCUUAGCCUCUGCCCUCGAGGUGUGCUUCAUAUUUACCACAGUAAUGUUCACUCACCCCUACCAUAGCCAUUGACAUCUGAAAAUGACCUCCAGAAUUCAAGUUCAGGCUAAUGUGAGAAGCCCUGUCUCUUGGCACUUGUUUUGCAAGUAUUCCAGAGAAUGUUAUUGAAUGGCUUCAAUAGUCUGAUGUAGUUUAAGUGUGUGGUGCACUGACCAUGUAACAAACUGUUCAGCACAUAUUAGGUAAGGUAGUAAUUCUAUAUGUCAUGGACUGCCAUGCCAUAACAUAGUGUCCUUUGUAUGAGAGUAGACAUUUGAUCAGGUGGUGUAGACUAGUCAUUGCACAGGUAUUGUAGUUGCUGCACAAUGUUGCCUGCCAGACCCCAAAGCAAACUCUAGGAGCACAAUAGACCCAAAUUGCCCCCAUGAUGACCUUCCCCCAGCAAUACAUGUAAGCAAGUGUUACCACAACUCUAGUGGUUUCAGUUUUUAUUACUUUUCUUGAUAUUCAAUGUGACUUAUCUGUGCUCAGGGUCACCUGUUAAGGCUCCCUGAGAUGGAGGGUUAAGGGGCUGGCAGGAGGCUAGAGACAAGCACCACCACACCCCUGCCUGCUCUAGGGUCCUGGGGGCAGUCACAAGUGGCCCCUGAUGGCACAAACACCUUCACUCCUGUGAUUCACUCACCUUUAAGUUGUAUGUAAUGUUUUUAUUGAAUUAAGUAUAAUUUUUUAAAGUAUUUUAGAUACUGUAGGUAAAAUGUAUUAUGUCAUCAAAGACUUUAACAAGAACUAGAAUAUUUUAAUGUAAUUCCGGACCAUGUAGAAAUGUAGAUUACAAGUUUUGAAAGGUUUACAGUGUGGAAGAGCUCCCUGAAGCCUAUAUCUAGGGUUAAUCAAAUUGAAAUGAGAGCCCAUUUUAGUUUAGCUGCUAUACUCUUCCAUCUUCAUCUUGGUGCAACAGUGAUUUUCUUUAUUUGGCUCUCAAAUAUUCAGUUAUGAACACUUCUCCUAAAAGAGCAAUGACUUACAGCCUGCUUUAAUGAAGUUACUACACUUUGUGUCAUAUUAACUACUUUUUUUAAAUAUCAGGUAAUUGUCAUAUCGAGAGCAUCCUGAGUACACUCAACAAAUACCUCAAGUGACAUUAUUCCUACUGGAGCUAAAAAAAAGCACUGCACCUGGUACACAUACCUCUUCCCUGAUGGUUUAUGCUAUAUCAAUAUUGAUAUGCAAAAUAUUAAUUUUAAAAUGUAACUAGUUUUCAGUUAUAUAUAUAUUUUCUUCCAAAUGUUAUACCUUUUUAGGAUCUCUGUUGUAUACUGAGAAUACAGAAUCAUCUCAAAGGAGUGUGUUAUUAUGAUACAAUGGAUAAAUUGUGUGAAUCAUCAGAGCCAAACAUCACUACAUUACCUAUAACACUCCAAUGACACCCAUCCACUCGACUCCAAUGUUUAUUUCCUGAUUACUUACCUGCCUUUUAUGUAGAGCACUGUUUUAUUUAUAUAUGUACAUAAUGUGUGGUCAUCUACGUUGUUUAAGUAUAGGGGCUCUUCUUGUUACAAUCUCAGCUCUUGCCAAUGAAAUGUUUAUCAGUCAGUCAAAAUUAUUUGUUGAUAGUUAUUUCUGAAUGUAAGUGUGUACUAACUGAAGUUGAAAAAUAGGUGCUCAAAGGGAAAAAAUUCUUGUUUUUCCCUCUGGUUGGGUAGAAGGCUUUCAGGUGCUGACUUCAAACAUUGUAGAGUAAAUUAUUGUAUCAUUUCUUUGACUAAAUUGUUCUCCAUAUGUGCUCAGUCUUCAUUAAUCACCUUGAAACACAUCUGGUAAGCAUCCAACAUGAAUGCAGUUAAUGGGAUAGUGACAAGAGAGCUGCUUGAUAUUUACUUUAAGUACAUCAUUCACUUCAUAGUUUAGGGUGGCAUCACAUGAACACAUUCUUCACUCGGCACUUAGUUUCCAGUCAGCAUACCAAAAUAUCAAAAUUUUACUGGCCAUUCAUGUUACCAAGACAUCAAACUUCAAAGAAUGAGCUCAGGCAACAGUAUUUACCUUGUCAAAGUCAGUUAUCACACCAUAUGAAUAUUAAGCAGAGUUGUAUUUCUAAGGAGAGCUGCUGGAUACAGUGUCUAGAUAGUAUGGUCAUGUCCUUUUUAUUACCUUACUUUCAUUUUAUUCACAUCAUGUAUGUUUUGAUCAACCUACAUUAUACCAUAUGUAUUAUUUGUAUAUGCAACUGUUGUCAUAUCACACUGGUAACAAGAAACUGCCUUUAUUGUUGCCAGGGUUACUUAUCAUAUCAUUCAUAUAAUCUAGUGGCACAUGAGAAAACUGAUCACACACAGACACAUGGACAAAAAAGGAUAAUCAUUGAAGGCUGUGGUGCCAAGGAUCAUGGUACUUGCUAGAUGAUGCCUAAUGAUGGACAACCAGAAGUAUAUCAUAUCACAUGCAGUUUGUAAUAAUAAUAAGCCUAAUAGUAUCUACAAUUAAGAUAUUUCCAAUGCACUAUUUAUAUUCAAUAAAACAGAGAUGUAUA